UAAAUAUACUCACAUAAUCAAUAUUGUUUUUUUUUUUUUUUAACUUGUACUGAUUAUAGUGUAGCAAGCUGUUCAAAAAGCCAAAAAUUUCAAAUAAUACGGUCACACGCAGGCGCCAAGCCAACAGCUGACGAAUGAGUGUGAGAAGAAAAAAAUACGAAGAGACGAACGAGAAAAACAAAUAUAAGCAUUGCCGAUAGAUACGUGUAAUUUCAAUAAGGAGCGUGAUAAAAUUGUAUUAUAUAGUGCCAUUAGCGAGCUAUGGAAACGCCGACGGCCGACGAUUUGCUACAGUUUCGCGACUACAGCGCAACUAAUAGCGGCACUCCAGCGCAAAUCAAUGUCAAUUCGCCAACGCAUGCAACUGGAGGUGGCGCUGGCGGCGCAGGAGGCGGCGGCGUUAAUUAUAAUGGACAACGUCAACGUGGUGAUCCGUUGUCCGAUUUGAUAUACGAUAUGAGCAAUUCGGCUCAAAAUAUUAUUGGCGGCGGCGGCAACGACGGCAGCGGCGGUGCCAACGCAUCGCUCGGCUCAGCGGAUGGCGGCGGUACAGCUGGCGGUGGCGCUCGUCUCUCCUUUCUGACCAUCGAAUACUAUCAGCAGUUCUUCAAUGUCGAUACUUACAUGGUGCUGGAGCGCAUUGUCAACAGCAUGAUACCCAAACGCGCUGCGACCAACUAUUUGCGCAUGAACAUUGGCGAGAAUCCAGAUCUCUAUGGUCCCUUCUGGAUCACCAUAACGCUGAUUUUCUCAAUUGCCAUCAGUGGCAAUUUAGCCAGCUAUUUGCAGCAGGCCGACGACAGCUACCAUUGGCAUUAUAAUUUCCAUUUGGUGUCAUAUGCGGCCAGCUGCAUCUUUCUCUAUGCCAACAUCUUGCCAGCCAUACUCUGGGCGCUCUUCAAGUAUAGCCUCAAGCCCGUCGAUGCGACCGACGCUGUGGAAACGGAUAGCGCCAGCUACACGCCGAGUCUUUUGUCGCUAAUGUGCAUCUAUGGCUAUAGUUUGGCCAUCUAUAUACCCGUCUCCAUACUCUGGGUGAUCAAUAUUUCGCUGCUACAGUGGCUGCUCGUUAUAACGGCAGCUUUGCUCUCGGGCACAGUACUGAUUGCCGUGCUGACGCCAGCGCUUCGCAAUUCACAAUAUUCCCUAUUCCUUAUCAUUGGCAUACUCGGCGCUCACAUCAUUUUGGCUGCGGGCUUUCUGCUUUACUUCUUUCACAGUCCGCCAGAGGCCGCGGCGCUGGCUGCCAAAACUACGCCCGCGCCGCUCAUCAAGAAUAUCUUACCGAAGCUCUCCACGCAGGCAGUGGCUGGCGACUUGCCGCCAGCCAAUCUUACAAAUUAAAUGCCGUCAUUCCAAAUAAUUCAAUAACUGUUUUUCUACAUUAAGCUGCACAUAAAAUUAUUAUACUUUAUACAACUCCCAACAGAGCGCGAACAGCAGCUGCUGAAUAAAUUCUUGAUGCAAAGAAAUGGACAGACUUUUGCACGACAACAAUAUCGGAUAAUAUAUAUAUAUACGU